CCCUGACGGCCCAGGAGAGGAGCCAAGAGCACCACCACCAGCCUCCACGCCUGCCCCACCGCCAAGGAACCAUGCUCCUCGCCACGUUUAAGCUGUGCGCCGGGAGCUCCUACCGACACGUGCGCAACAUGAAGGGGCUGAGGCACCAGGCUGUGCUGGCCAUCGGCCAGGAGCUGAACCGCAGGGCCCCGGGGGGCCCGACCCCAGCUGCCUGGAUUAACCAGGUUCGGCGUCGCGGCUCUCUGCUCGGUUCUCAGCUGGAAGACACUCUCUACAGCAACCAAGAACUGGUCUAUAUCCAGCAGGGAGAGGAGGCCAUGCAGAGGGCCCUAGGCAUCCUCAGUGACCAGGAGGGCUGGAAGAAGGAGAGCCAGCAGGCGAAUGGGGACGAAGUGUUGAGUAAAGUGAUCCCAGACGUGGGCAAGGUGUUCCGGCUGGAGGUGGUAGUGGACCAGCCCGUGGAGAGGCUUUACGAAGAGCUCGUGGAGCACAUGGAGGCCAUGGGCGAGUGGAACCCGAAUGUCAAGGAGAUCAAGGUCCUGCAGAAGAUUGGAAAAGACACAGUCAUCACUCACGAGUUGGCCGCAGAGGCGGCAGGAAACCUUGUGGGGCCCCGAGACUUCGUGAGUGUGCGCUGUACCAAGCGCCGGGGCUCCGUGUGUGUGCUGGCUGGCAUGGCCACACACUACGGGGAGAUGCCCGAGCAGAAGGGCGUCAUCAGAGCUGAGCACGGCCCCACCUGCAUGGUGCUCCAUCCCCUGGCUGGAAGCCCCUCAAAGACCAAACUCACCUGGCUGCUCAACAUUGACCUCAAGGGAUGGCUGCCAAAGACUAUCAUCAACCAGGUCCUCUCACAGACCCAGGUGGACUUUGCCAACCACCUGCGCAAGCGCCUGGAGUCCCGCCCUGCUCUGGAAGCCAGGUGUUGAAGACCAGCCUGCUGCUGCCAACGGCUCCCAGCUGAGCGCGCUUGCAGGCUCACGAGGAGGUCUCUGCUGGAAGUCUACAAGUCUGUUAAAGAUCUUCAUCCAGGGACAGGGAUGGGAUGGUGGUGCGUGUCCAGUAUGAUACUAGAACUCAGAUGGGUAACAUUUUAGUACCAAGAAAGUGGGGACAAGGCUCUUUUAACUUCAUUCACUGAUUAGCUGUAAAAUGAAGCACAGGGGUCCCAAAAUAUUUGUAAAAAUUUUUUUUCUGGGUCCUUGUCUACCUAGAAACAUCUUUAAAAUGCUACCAGUUAACGAAUGCAGGGUGCAGAGGGUGCAAAAUGCCAGGAUUAGGACCGCACGUUUGAUGAGCUCAAGAGCUCCAUUCCCUGUGGGCAACGUGUGCAGACAGAGCAGGUCUUACACAAAGCCUCCUGAAACCCUCUGCUCCUCCACCAAGACGGCAGAGAACUGCACCAAAGAACAAGCAACUCCCACAGCACAUACCGUCCAGAAGUCUAGUUCAAGUUACCUUAAUGAAAAAAUACAAAACUAAUUAUCAGACUGAUUCCCCUACUUCUUCCAUGAGCAGUAGUCAGAAUAAAGAAUCGUAACUAACACAAAAACUUUAGUCUGUACCUGUUUUAAAAUUCUACUCUUAAAAUCCAUGCUAGUAAAUUGCAACUUCAUACUAAAGGAGUCAUGGAUGAAGACUUUAAUUAGUUAAACUAAGUCCCCUACCUCACUCAAAGGAAAAACUCCAGGGGACUUAGGUCAUUAAUUAUGUAGGAUCUGUUACCGGAAUCUUUCAUAAAAAUUUAAUUU